UAUAUUAUCAAGGUAUUAUUAUAUUGUCUAGGGUAAUGGUAAUAACCAAGAAAAGCGGACAAUUUAUAUCACGGUAGAACGGAGUAAAUGCAGAAAACCUCUUGUAAAUUCUUGUGAAAUAUGAUAAAUUUUUGUCAGUUUGGCUAUUAUUAUGUUUUUGCAAAACCUACAAUUAGGAAACUUAAGUCGAUCUUGUAAACUUAUCUUGUUAAUAACAUAGAAUGGACGUCCACACCCCAGUAGACGUGAUUAAUAAGACGAUUGACCAGCUUACACCCGAAGAGAAAUGGAGAUAUGAGCAUCAAAAAUUGCAUCAAAAACAUGCCGGUCAUGAAUCUAUGCAUGCUGAAAUGAUCUUUAUUUUGAUUGCAACUGUAGUUAUUUCUCAAAUCUGUUUAAUUGAAUGGAAAAAGAGACAUUAUCACAGCUAUUCUUUUGUCACCUUAUUGGGUAUGUGGACCAUUCCCUUUGGAAUAAGUUUAUAUAGUCUAUGGUGGAGAUUUAUUUUUUUUUGGUUAAUAUUUUCUUGCAUUACUGGCUUCAUAGGAAUUCGUGCAUUGCAAAGUCCUAUACAAGGAACGACACCAAGGCUAGUAUACAAAUGGUUUUAUUUUUUGUAUAAACUAAGUCUUGUACUUGGUAUAAUUGGUUAUGGAAUGGUGAUGGCAACAUUUGCUGGAGUCAAUUUAAUCUUCAAUCAAAGGCCGCAUUCUUGGAUGGACUUAGGUUUUUUGUUACUAUUUUAUGGGUUAUAUUAUGGCGUGCUAGGUCGAGAUAUUGCUGAAAUAUGUGCUGAUAAAAUAGCCUCAAAAAUUGGAUACUAUACUCGAGAAGGCAUACCAACUAGACAAUUGGAAAGCAAUAUGUGUGCUGUAUGUGGAAACUACUUGGUAGUAGAUACUGAUGAUGAUAAUGCUUUAAUUGAAACCUCUUAUCGAUUGUCUUGCAGUCAUGUAUUCCACGAAUUUUGUAUUCGUGGCUGGUGCAUGGUUGGAAAGAAACAAACUUGUCCUUAUUGUCAUGAAAAGGUUGAUUUAAAGAAUUUAUUUCGAAAUCCAUGGGAGAGGCCUCAUAUUUUAUAUGGACAGCUUCUGGAUUGGCUUAGAUGGUUAAUAGCUUGGCAGCCGUUGAUUUUGUCAGCAGUGCAAGGAAUAAUAUGGUUUUUAGGAUUGGAGUGACCAAACUAUUGAUAUUGGAAUUACUAUUAGACCAAUAAAUAAAAGAAACAUG